AUGUGGGAUCAGCUACCGGAGCUGAUACUGACGCAGAUAUUCGGCCAUCUCGAUCACGCCGAUCGCGCCAGCGUUGGUGAAGUCUGCCCGGCAUGGAAUCGCGCGCUCUCCUCACCGGUGCUCUGGCGGUCCGUCGCGGUCGUCAUCGAUCGCGACCUAAGUGACGACUUCCCACCGGCGACGAUAUUGACCACAAAGUACGGGCAGCAUAUGCGCAGCUUGGAGCUGGCCUUCUCGCGACCCUAUAUCAGUCCGAGAAGCCUACACCGCGUCAAGCUGAUGUGCAGCGCUCCGGCCUCGGCCGGCGCCGACUUUCUCGCGAUCGUCCGCGCUAAGGAUGUGCAGCUGCGACAGCUGACGUUGACGAAUUGGGCCUUCGCCUACAACCGAGGAACGCUGCUCAACGCCUUGGCGCGCUUUCUGCGCGGUCAACGCAAUCUCGAGACCCUCUGCCUGCUGAACGCCGAAUUCGGCGUGGCGGAUGUCUUGCGUGUACUGGGCGUACUCGCCAAGGAGUCGCGCGAACACUUGGCCUCCUUGGAUCUGCGCGGCGCUUUCAGGAUGUCGAGAUGGCAAGUUCCCCACGACAAUCGGAGAUAUUUGGGCCUGCUGAGCCACUUUCACUCGUUGAGCCUGCUGAAAUUGGACUAUCCGGCUCUGUCGAAUCACGUUCUCUACGUUCUCGCGAGUAACGCGUCGAAGACAUUGAAGAACCUGCACAUAUUCGUGAGGAACUCCGAUUCCCGGCAGCAUAUGUUAGCGGACACCGCCUGGCGCAACUUGUCGUCGGCUUGUCCCGAUUUAACGGUGUCCUAUACUAUAGUGAAUAUCUCGCAUUACGAGGACAUAUACUACUUGCUGUUACCCAGCCUGCCUCUGGCCAAGUUUCACAUGUUCAGCGGCCACGUGUGGGAUCAGAGCAGAUCACGGAACUUCAGGAGCACGAUCGGCCUGCUGAUUACUCAAUACACGAACACGUUAGUCGAGGUGAUGUUACAACUGAGAAAUAAUCGCGAAUCGCUGGACGAUUUAUUGGUGUCCAUGUUGAUACGUUGCAAGCGCCUGGUAAGAUUGCAGUACGACGGAAUUAUCAGGAGUCUCGAAACCUUGCGCGAAAUAUGUCAGCUUCAAGUCGAACACAAAACACGUUUCAAGACGAUACACGUAAAACCUCGGGACAUCAAUAUCCAAAAUCGUGCCGUACUGUACGAGAUCAAUUAUCAGUACGAUCGUAAGAUGCACGAGCAAGGAAUCGACUUUCGGGUCGAAGAUCCCACCUCGAUUUUAUUCUUCUACUGA